CCAAAAAGGGCUUCUGACAUGGAUGCGGUCCCAGCUUCGCGCUCAAUGUCCGCCCUGGCAGAGCCCAGCCUGAAGUUCACACGCUGUUACGCGUCACAAGACGACCAAGAGUCUCGGCUUCCAGGAGACGAGUGUGGACCACCGAUGAAACCAUUCACGCAGAAGACCAAAUACUUUCGUCCUGUUCUGAAUCCCCACUGGUCCAUGUGAAAAGCAUGAGGAGUGCUACGAUUGUGGCCAACGCCUUGUGCAUUUCUACCUGGGCUUCAACAUUCUCCUUUGCCAGUGCAACUUCAAAAAAGGAUGACCCUGGUCUCUUCCAUUUCGUGACUAGACCAGAUCUCAAGCCGCCAAGGUGGAAGGUCAACAUCUAUCAUAAAGAGCUGCUCAGUCCAGGAUACUGGUUUGUGGCCCCUCGAGAACCUCUUGGCGCCGAAGAAGUCGUUGGGCCUUGGGUCGGACCAGCGAUCUAUGAUGGACGGGGUGAGCUGAUCUGGAGCGGCGCCGCACUAUUUCGCAAUACGAUGACCGAUGAUUUCCGCGUCAGUAACGUUGGCGGGCAGGAUCUGAUGACGGUCUUACAUCAAGAGAAAGGUCAGGGAGUUGUUGUCCGCCCUUCGUAUGGCGUGAGAAACGCCAUUCGUUUUGGCGAUCCGCGAGCGAUCAAUAUUCACGAGUUUCAUUUUGUGGACAACGGUGCUCGGGCUCUUAUUAUCAGAAGCAACAAGACGAGGGCAAGCACCGAAGACUCCCAAUCUGUUGGGAUAGCUGGAGGCUGUAUCGCAGAGUUUGAUGGUUUCGAAGAAUUCGAGACCAGCACGUGGGAGUCCGUCUUCAGAUGGAACUCUUUUGGUCGCAUUGGGCUCAAUGAAAGCUCCACAGAUGACGGCACUGCUAUCGAGACAAAAUGCGACAGCGGUUGGGACUUCCUACACGCGAAUUCCGUGGACAAGGAUGAUGCUGGAAAUUACUAUCUAAGCGCUCGCUUCACGGACACAGUCUACAAGAUAUCGCGGCUGGAUGGAAACAUCAUAUGGCGACUAGGAGGCAGCAGAUCUGACUUCGAUAUGGCUGGUUUGAAGUUUUCCGGGCAGCACAGCGUGCGCAUAAUUGCCUCAAACCAUACGCAUACGGUUCUCUCCAUUCUGGACAACGCAAUCAAGGACGAGUUGCAACCGACUCAUCCGUACUCCCGAGGACUCCUGCUUUCAUUGCGUACAAAUACGACGCCAACGACUGUUACGACGCUCGCUGAAUAUAGCCAUCCGCAUGGCGUUGGGGCGUAUGCACACGCGCGAGGCAAUCUCCAAAUGCUCCGCGAUGGCAACGUCUUCAUUGGUUGGUCUAAGCAAGCAGUACACAGCGAACACACGAGCGACGGCAAGCUCAUCAUGGACGCACAAUUGAUUCCCGAGUGGCUCGGAUCAUAUCGCAAUUACAAGUUCCCCAUGGUUGGCCGGCCACACGAGAGGAUUGCUGUGGUCGCGCGAACUACUGAAGAUGGUACAAAUGUUUGGGUGUCUUGGAAUGGCGCGACAGAAGUCACUCAGUGGAAUUGCUAUAAGAACGAGAGGGUUGCUUCUCAAGAGGUCAGGACACUGAUUGCUUCAGCAAACAAGACAAGUUUUGAGACGCAGCUGCUAAUUGGUGAGGCGGUGGCCAACAUCACACUUGAAGCUGUGGCCAGAAAUGGUACCGUCCUGGGCAACUCCGCAUUUGUUCGAGUUAAUCGUGCAGAUCAAUCGGGGGCCGGGCAGAGCAAUGGCGACGCUGGGCGAGCAGAGAGUGCCAUAUUUUCUGCACGUCGUGUGAGUUGGCUUGUGCGACAGCAUCCUUCGACGUUCGUUCUGGCCUUGGUCUUAUCAUUGCUGUUUAUGCAUGUGGCUCGGCGAGGGCGGCGUCUGCGUUGGUUGUCGUUCAGGAGUCUUGGGCAAAUGAAUAGAAGCCAGCCAGCCAUGGUGGAAGGGGCAUCUCGACAGAAUUUGUACAUUUGAAGAAUUGUUCAAGACAGCAUUUAUCUACUGCGUCCAUUCUAUCACGCCACCAGCAAUAUUAGAUUAUUGUGUCACGGAGAGACCUGGGCAAAACAUCCCGAAGGCACAACAGUGGGUCACUCCCCAUGGACCGAUGCCAUAGACCUCGAAAAGUGACACCUGCGAUGUUGUUGGC